GGCCAAGCGCUACUUACUCUUAAACGUGCCGCACUUGCCGUGUCCAGGUACAGAAUAUACCAAGUGCCAGCUUAACAUGAUUGCCCGUUCUUCGGUUAUUAUUGAAGCCCAACAAGCCUUGGAGUUGGAAGGAAGGAGGAGUGAAAUCGGAGAAAGCAGGAGAAGAAGAGUCGAUUGGAGAUGGAGCCAUUUGCAACAAUUAGUGAGUACUAGCAGAAGAAUUCACUGGGAAACUCUCGGAGCUGAUUUACGCAUGGGCCUCUUGAAUCUUUUCGUCACCGCAUCAAUACCAGUCCUUAAUGUACUUCUCUUGACUGGUGUUGGAUCAAUUUGUGCAACACGUCGCAUUGGCAUUUUAGGCAAGGAUGCAACGAAGCAUUUGAACAAUGUUGUAUUCUUUGUAUUCAAUCCAGCUCUUGUGGCAACUAAUUUAUCUCAAACUAUCACAAUGGAGAGCAUGGUUUUAUUGUGGUUUAUGCCAGUCAAUCUCUUACUAAAUUUUGUACUUGGUUCUGCACUUGGAUGGGUUGUUAUCCAAAUCACUAAUGCUCCUACCCACUUGAGGGGCGUCAUCUUGGCAUGUUGUUCUGCUGGAAAUGUGGGCAAUUUACUUCUAAUCUUGGUCCCUGCAAUGUGUAAAGAGAAAGGUACCCCAUUAGGAAGUCAUGAUGUUUGUGGUACAUAUGGUUUAGCAUAUGCAUCCCUUUCGAUGGCGAUAGGUACUAUUCUGCAAUGGUCUUAUGUCUACAACAUUGUGAGAAUAUCUUUGUGUGAUAAAGAAGGCAGCGUAAACAACAACAUGCCAAAAGUGGAGUUUCCAGAAGAAACUAAAAGUUUACUCCCUCCUAGCUGCAGCCCUGAGAAAGUAUCAAUUAGUGGUUGCAUGGCAGCAAGGUUAAAUAAGAUGAAAUAUCUUAUGAGGAAAUUAUCGGGAGUAGUUCACCUUAAAAGGAUGUUUGCACCGGCAUCCAUCGGAGUGAUCAUUGGAUUUAUUAUCGGUGCAAUCCCCCAAAUAAGAGAAGCAAUUGUAGGUCAAGAUGCUCCACUUCGUGUUAUUCAAGAUUCAGCUGCUUUGUUGGGUAAUGGCACAAUUCCAAGUCUGAUCUUGAUAACAGGAGGAAACCUUACCAAAGGUUUACAUGGUCCGGGUGUCAAAUGCACCCUCAUUCUUGGAGUUGCAAUCGUUCGCUAUAUUGCCUUGCCUUUAUUUGGGGCAGCCAUGGUAAAGGGGGCAAUUCAUCUAGGUCUUGUGCACCCCGAUCCUUUGUAUCAGUUUAUUCUUCUGCUUCAACAUGCUGUUCCACCUGCAAUGAACAUUGCUUCCAUGAUUCAAAUGUUUGAGGCUGGUGAAGGAGAACUAUCUGUUAUUUUUCUAUGGACAUAUGCUGUGGCUUCAGUGGCACUCACCCUCUGGUUGACGCUCUUCUUGUGGCUUGUGUCGUGAUGGUCUUCUCUAAACCUUGGCAAAGGGGUGUCAACACAACACAGCACCAUAUAACCAUACAACGUAUUCAGCUGGGAAUUCCAUAUGUUGACAUUUGUACAAUUUGCAGAUUGUGUUAUAACAGGAUGCAUAAGGGAUGACCGUUGAAUUAAAGUAGACAACUAUGAUAAUCAGAGGAAUAAGAAAAAAUUUUUCACCUAUGGCUUGAUCUAAUGCACCCAGUUAAUUGACAUUUUUGUUUGGGAAUUGUGUUGGAGUAACCAAUACUUCUAUUUCUAACACAUUGUAACAAUUCAAAUAUUGAUUACUUGGAUAGUAAAGUGUAAUAUU